AUGGCCGGUUUGGGUGAAAAAGUUUUAUCAAAGUCAACUCCUUCCACGUCAUGGAGUUUAAGUUCACUUCUUAAUGGAAUAUCGGAAUACAGAGAGAAGCUUAAUUUACCCAACCCAGGUACUUUUGAAGGUCUACACCGUGAGGUCAAAG